GAUGGAGCUUGGCACUUUUCUCCGUCCUAGCAGACAGCUUGCUUUAGCCUCACGCUCUAGAUUCUCGGCCUUGGAGGUGCGGGUGGGGGCCGGGGGUCCUUCCUCCGCCUUGUCUCAAAUCGCCCCGAUUUUGGCAUCUCUGGAGUUGAACCGCGGGAACCGGAAGUGUCUUGCAGCAGCCGCGGGGCCCCGGCGAAUCGACGCCGGAAGUAGCGAUCGCCUCGGGAGUUUUCAGCCAGCCUCGCCAUGGCGGCGAUUCCUCCAGACUCUUGGCAGCCGCCCAACGUGUACCUGGAGACCAGCAUGGGGAUCAUCGUACUGGAGCUGUACUGGAAGCAUGCUCCAAAGACCUGUAAGAACUUCGCUGAACUGGCUCGUCGAGGUUACUACAAUGGCACCAAAUUCCACAGAAUCAUCAAAGACUUUAUGAUCCAGGGAGGUGACCCAACAGGGACAGGUCGAGGUGGUGCAUCUAUCUAUGGCAAGCAGUUUGAAGAUGAACUUCAUCCAGACUUGAAAUUCACAGGGGCUGGAAUUCUCGCGAUGGCCAAUGCAGGGCCUGACACCAACGGCAGCCAGUUCUUUGUGACCCUGGCUCCCACCCAGUGGCUUGAUGGCAAACACACCAUUUUUGGCCGUGUGUGUCAGGGUAUAGGCAUGGUGAAUCGAGUUGGAAUGGUGGAAACAAACUCCCAGGACCGCCCCGUGGACGAUGUGAAGAUCAUUAAGGCAUACCCUUCCGGGUAGACUUGCUGCCCUCUCGGGCACAUCCAGGUCUUCUGAGAUAGCCCCAACAAACCAGUUUGCAGAUGACCUAGAAUGACACAUAACUCUAAACUUCAUUUUGGCCUUGCAGAUCUGAGGCACUGAGGAGGCCUGGGGUCUUGGGUAAGUUAGAGAUGGAAGUAUAUUUUAGUCAGAUGCUUCUUUUUCUUCCCCAGUGCCCGUGUUGACUGAACAUUUGCAGAAAUGCUCUUACAUGAUCUUCUCACUGCACGUGACCCAGACUGCUCCUUCCUGUGUGUGUCUGCUUUAUGUACUUCAGAGUGAAAUCAACUCUGUCAUUUCGCAGUGCCUAACCAACCUCUUGUGGAAAUUUAUAUUCCGGCCUACAUUGCAGUCUUUAGUGGCUGACAGCCAUAGAAUUCAAAACCAAGUAGUGUCUAUCAGCCUUCUUAACUGUGUGCGCCCCCUAUUUCAGUCCCUUGCAUUUGUUCUUCCAGGGAUUGUAUGCAUCUCUGUAUAUAUUUUUCCUCUCAGAACAUCAACACUGCUGUUUCUGACACUUAGACAUCCCACGCAAAGCCACAUUGAAUUUUUGCCAAAUGAAAAACGCAUCCAACAAUCAAGUUUCUAAGAAGGUGUCAAGUGGGGAAUGAUAAUGUGUAAUAAUCAAGAAAUGAAUUUAUUAAAAAGAAGCAGAAGCAUUGACCAUUUUUUCUCCAGGAAGGAAUAGAAAUCUGUAGUGAGCAUAAAGGCAGACUGUGAGUUCUCCUUAAAAAAGCAGUAUUCUCAUAAAGGAGAAGCACCACUUAAGUUUUUUUAAACUAAGACUUAAGAGAAAUUAGGUAAGAGAGUUUAUAUAUAUUUUUUUAAUUUUUCUAAAUUUUUUUAAGGAGGGAGUGGUGAGGGAAAGGAAGUUAAUACCUAUGGAAUGCAUAGAAACUUCCAAAAUAAAAUGCCAUUGAUGGUUGAAAUCAC